GAAGGCCCACCUGAUCCUGCGGCGGCUAGAGAGGGUGAGCAGCCACUGCUCCAGCCUCCUGAGAAGCGCCUACAUCCAGAGCCGCGUGGACACGGUGCCCUACCUUUUCUGCCGAAGUGAGGAGGUCCGGCCUGCGGGCAUGGUGUGGUACAGCGUCCUCAAGGACACCAAAAUCACUUGCGAGGAGAAGAUGGUGUCCAUGGCCCGAAACACGUACGGGGAGUCCAAGGGCCGGUGAGGGAGGGUGCUGCCCUCCACGAGCACAGAGACUCUCCUAGGGGGAGCAGUACUCUUGUGGAUGGAUCCUGGGGCCUGGGUGGGCUGGGGGACAGCUGAGGAUGGGCCUGGCAGAUGACACUUGCCAUCAAGGCCAAAGCAAACUGCUCCUCCUGUGGAUAGUGGACAGAGAACUUUGUAACCAAUGGAAUUAUUCAUUUUCUCUAUCUUUUAUUUUUUUCUAAGAUAUUAUUUGACUCUAUCAAACGUCUCUCCUUUUUAAAACUUUUCUUAUGGAUGGAAGUCAGUCGGGUGGCAGGAGCCUUCAGGUGGAGACCAA